UGCCCCGAGGGUCUGAGGGUGAGGGCUAGAGAAUCGUGGUCCCUUGGUGGCCCAGGGCUGGGCACCUGUGGUGGGCAAGGGGAGGCAGGGGACGCCAUGCUGGAUUAGUGCCUAUCACACGUCUCCCACUCUCUACUCCACAGGGUGAACCCGGUACAGAUGGUGCGGCCGGCAAAGAGGGACCCCCUGGAAAACAGGGACUCUAUGGACCCCCUGGUGCAAAGGGUGAUCCGGGACCUUCAGGACAGAAGGGCCAGGCAGGAGAGAAGGGGAGAGCCGGCAUGCCUGGCGGGCCUGGCAAGAGUGGCUCCAUGGGGCCUGUUGGGCCACCGGGUCCGGCAGGAGAGAGAGGCCACCCUGGCUCCCCGGGGCCUGUGGGGAGCCCCGGCUUGCCUGGGAUGCCUGGCUCCAUGGGAGACAUGGUGAAUUAUGAUGAAAUCAAGAGGUUCAUCAGACAAGAGAUCAUUAAAAUGUUUGAUGAGAGGAUGGCUUACUACACCUCCAGGAUGCAGUUCCCCAUGGAGAUGGCUGCAGCUCCGGGUCGCCCAGGGCCCCCAGGGAAGGAUGGUGCUCCAGGCCGGCCAGGCGCUCCGGGGUCACCCGGACUCCCUGGUCAGAUCGGCAGGGAAGGACGGCAGGGCGUGCCAGGAAUGAGAGGAUUGCCCGGUACUAAGGGUGAAAAGGGGGACAUUGGUAUCGGCAUUGCAGGAGAAAAUGGUCUCCCCGGCCCCCCAGGUCCUCAAGGCCCUCCAGGGUAUGGCAAGAUGGGCGCCACUGGACCGAUGGGCCAGCAAGGCAUUCCUGGCAUCCCUGGCCCCCCGGGUCCCAUGGGCCAGCCAGGCAAGGCUGGCCACUGUAACCCCUCUGACUGCUUUGGGGCCAUGCCCAUGGAGCAGCAGUACCCACCCAUGAAGAACAUGAAGGGGCCUUUCGGCUGAAAUCACCAGCUCUGUCAGAUGAAGGACUCUAUUGGGAACAUUUGGCUGAAACUUACAGGACUCUGUGAUGGGUUGUGAAUGUUUUGUUUUUCUUAAUUGCUAUUAAUAUUUUUUUAUCAAUAAAUGAACAAAACUACCUGCAACCCCA